CGUCGUCGUCGUCCCGGGGCGUCCGUCUUCGAUGGCAGUAUGCUACCAGCUGCCGGUGCUGCCCCUGGACAGGCCGGUCCCUCAGCACGUCCUCAGCCGCCGAGGAGCCAUCAGCUUCAGCUCCAGCUCCGCGCUCUUCGGCUGCCCCAACCCCCGACAGCUCUCGCAGCGACGUGGGGCGAUUUCUUAUGACAGUUCGGAUCAGACCGCGUUGUACAUUCGUAUGCUAGGAGAUGUACGAGUAAGAAGUCGGGCAGGAUUUGAAUCAGAAAGAAGAGGUUCUCACCCAUACAUUGAUUUUCGUAUUUUUCACUCACAUUCUGAAAUUGAAGUCUCCGUGUCCGCAAGGAAUAUCAGAAGACUAUUAAGUUUCCAGCGGUACUUUAGAUCCUCUCGCUUUUUCCGCGGUAUUGCAGUUUCAAGUUCUUUAAACAUUUUAGAUGACGAUUAUAAUGGACAAGCCAAGUGUAUGCUGGAAAAAGUUGGAAACUGGAAUUUUGAUAUCUUUCUCUUUGAUAGAUUAACAAAUGGAAACAGUCUAGUGAGCUUAACCUUCCACUUGUUUAGUCUUCAUGGACUAAUAGAAUACUUCCACUUAGAUAUGAUGAAACUUCGUAGAUUUUUAGUAAUGAUUCAAGAAGACUACCACAGUCAAAAUCCGUAUCACAAUGCAGUUCACGCUGCCGACGUGACUCAGGCCAUGCACUGUUAUUUAAAAGAACCUAAGCUUGCCAAUUCUGUAACUCCGUGGGAUGUCCUGCUCAGUUUAAUCGCAGCUGCCACUCACGAUCUGGAUCACCCAGGGGUUAACCAGCCUUUCCUUAUUAAAACGAACCAUUACCUAGCAACUUUAUACAAGAAUACCUCAGUAUUAGAAAAUCACCACUGGAGAUCAGCGGUGGGGUUAUUGCGAGAAUCUGGUUUAUUUGCACAUCUGCCAAUAGAAAACAGGCAGCAAAUGGAGAACCAGAUAGGUGCUUUGAUUCUCGCCACAGACAUCAGUCGCCAGAACGAGUACCUCUCCUUAUUCCGGUCCCAUCUGGACAGAGGAGAUUUGUGUUUAGAAGAUCCUCGCCACCGUCAUUUCAUUUUACAGAUGGCUCUGAAAUGUGCUGAUAUCUGUAAUCCAUGCCGGACCUGGGAACUAAGCAAACAAUGGAGUGAAAAAGUAACGGAGGAAUUCUUCCAUCAAGGGGACAUCGAAAAAAGAUACCAUUUGGGGGUGAGCCCACUCUGUGACCGGCAGACUGAAUCCAUAGCCAACAUCCAGAUUGGGUUCAUGACCUACCUAGUGGAGCCCCUGUUCGCCGAGUGGGCCCGCUUUUCCAACACGCAGCUCUCGCAGACGAUGCUCGGCCACGUGGGCCUGAACAAGGCCAGCUGGAAGGGGAUGCAGCGCGAGCAGUCGGGCGGUGAAGACGCCGACGCUGCCGCGGAGGAGGUGGACUCUGACUUAUUACCUCAGGAAAACCGGCUGUCGUGACCGCACGGGCGGCGCGGGGGUCUGGGGAGAAGGAGAGAGGGUGCGGCCUCGGCGGCGGGCCGAGAGUCCUGAACCACGCCGGCGUCCCGUUUUCCCGAGGUGACCACCUCCGGCUCACCGCCGCCCAACUCUCCAAUUCCCGGGCCUGACUGCGGAGCAAUAUCUGGCCGUGGGGGAAGCCCGGGGUGGGGCGGAGCAGUGAAGA